AUGUACUAUACAACCAUGAUGGUUUCAUCCUCCAAAAUUGUGUUCUUUGUGCCAAUGUUACUAACUAUUCUUGUUGCUUUGCAGGUCACUAAUGGUGAAUAUAAGUAUGAAGCCUUUUUUCCGAAAGUUGAAGUUGUGAUUAGGAACAACAUGAGUGGUACUCCAGCAGGUCUUCAUUGUAAAGAUAAAGACCAUGAUGAUGGGUUUCAUAGAAUAGAUUAUGGUGAAGCCCACACCUUCUCUGCCAUGUACGUACCUCUUUUGGGACGUGCCUUAUGGUUUUGUCGAUUUAAAUGGGGUGAAUUUGAAUUUCAAAGACAAUAUCGAUACUUUGACAUUUUUGUUCAAAAGAGAGAUCUGCACAUUUGUCCAGCACAUUGCUAUUGGUCGAUAAAUGAAUAUGGACCAUGUAGAAUUUGCGAAACAACUUUCGAAUGCUAUCCUUGGAAUGAUGAGAAUAAUGCUCUUAAUGUGUAA